AGCUCUUAUCACAUGUCUGAAAGAAUAAAGUACAGGAGGAGACCGAAAACCAACCAUAUCUUCACUUUUCAUCUCCACUUCUCUCUUCACUCACCGUCUCCUUUCUCCGUCUUCUCCUCUUCAACGAGACACAAGAAACCCUAACUGAGCUCCAAAUCCAUGGCAACGGUAGCGAGUCCGUCUUCUCCCAACUCUCUCCAGCUCCGAUUCGGCCGCGGGAGCGUCAGACCCCCUUCGUCCUUCUUCAUCAUUCGAUUUCGGCCCUCGAUUCGUCGGAUUCGGCUCCAAAUCUCCGUCAAUGGAAGCAAAGAACCUCAUGAUUCUUUCGCCGGUUGGUCUGGAUCUGAGGGCGAUGACGGGGGUGAUUCGAAGAAGAAUAAGGAUCGAUUUGGAGGAAUGUUGGGAGCUGGGCUUGCUGGUGUCCUUUUUACUGCAGGGGUUGCAUUUGCAUCACUAUCUCUGAAAGGUAGAACUACUUCAGGAGUUAAACAGCAGAUGGAGCCACUAACAAGAGAGCAAGAAAUGCUAUUUUCCUCUGACAAUCAGGUUGCAAAAGCUGAUCAGACCAAGAAUGAAGCUAGCACGGUGCUAUCAGACGAACAGACCAAGAUAGACAACUGUAAUGCAGAACUCCAGGAAGCUUUGCAGGUGCCUCCUGGAAAAGUUUUGGUUCCUGCAGUAGUUGACCAGGUUCAGGGCCAGGCAUUCACAGCCUUACAAGUUCUGAAGGUUAUUGAGCCUGAUGCCCAACCGGGUGAUUUAUGUACUCGUCGGGAGUAUGCUCGAUGGUUGGUAUCUGCAAGCAGUGCUCUUUCAAGGAAUCCAAUAUCAAAAGUUUAUCCUGCAAUGUACAUAGAGAAUGUAACAGAGCUGGCAUUUGAUGAUGUCACUCCUGAAGAUCCGGACUAUUCAUGCAUUCAAGGCUUAGCAGAAGCCGGAAUAAUCUCUAGCAAGCUUUCCGAAUCUGAUCUGAAAGGAACUUCCGGUGGAGAGCAGGAUUCUUUCUUCUUCUCUUCUGAGAGUCCUGUAUCACGUCAAGAUCUUGUCAGUUGGAAGAUGGCUUUGGAGAGAAGGCAGCUUCCAGAAGUCGACAGAAAUUACCUGUACAAAUGCUCUGGAUAUAUAGACAUCAAUAGAAUAGACAAAGAUGCUUGGCCUGCUUUGGUUGCUGAUUUGUCUGCUGGAGAACAGGGCAUCGUAGCGCUUGCUUUUGGUUACACCAGAUUGUUUCAGCCUAACAAACCUGUCACAAAAGCACAAGUUGCUAUUGCUCUUGCUACUGGUGAUUCGGCUGAGGUGGUUGCGGAGGAACUUACACGGCUUGAAGCAGAAUCAUUGGCCGAGACUGCUGUGAAUGCCCACACUGCUUUAGUAGCAGAAGUUGAGAAAGAACUUAAUGCUAGUUUUGAGGCAGAGCUUUCCAAAGAAAGAGAGAAGAUAAACUCUCUGGAGAAAUUGGCCGAGGAAGCAAGGGUCGAAUUGGAAAGGUUAAAAGCUGAAAGAGAUGAAGAAAAUAAUGCUCUUUACAGGGGACGUGCUGCUGUUGAAUCAGAAAUGGAAGUCCUUUCAAGACUAAGACAUGAGGUGGAAGAGCAGUUGCAAGACCUCAUGAGUAAUAAGAUGGAGAUAGCUUUUGAGAGGGAUAGGAUUAAUAAACUUCGAAAGGAAGCAGAAAGUGAGAACCAGGUCAUUGUCCAGUUGCAGUAUGAAUUGGAAGUUGAGAGGAAAGCUUUGUCCAUGGCAAGGUCUUGGGCUGAGGAAGAGGCAAAGAGAGCUAGGGAACAAGCCAAAGCACUUGAGGAGGCCAGAGACAGGUGGGAGAGCCGUGGUCUCAAAGUUGUCGUUGAUGCAGAUCUCGAAGAAGAUGCUUCAACUGGAAUCACAUGGCUUUCUGCAGGACAACAGACCCCUGUUGAUGAGACAGUAAACAGAGCAGAGAACUUAGUUGCGAAACUCAAGUCAAUGGCUGCUGAAAUUAAAAUCAAAUCGUCUGCUGCCAUUGAGAGAGUAAUUCAAGUGAUUCUCUCUCUAAUUUCUUCUCUGAAAAGCAUGGCUUGCAAGGGAUCUAGGCAUGUUAUGGAGCUCGAACAUAGCAUUGUUUCAAAAGCAAGUAAAUCAAUAGAUGAGCUCAAGGAAAAUGCUUCUGGAUUCAGUUCAAGCAUCAGUGACAAAGCAAGAAGAGCUGUUGAAGAUUGCAAGGAAGGCGUCGAGAAAUUCACUCAGAAAUUCAAGGCCUAGAGAUGUGAUCUUUAUCUUUAUACAGUACUUUUGUGGGAUUUUGAUGAAUUGUAACUGCCGAGAAUUGCUGUUGUUCCCAUAUAUUUCAGGAAGUUUAUAGGAAUAAUAAAGUGAGAAUCAGAUUGGAUCGGAUAUUCUAGAGUCUGGUUUCAGAAUAAAAGCCCAUGAGUUGUAUACAUUGUGCAAUUUUUUAAUCCUCUUCUCUGCGUGUGCAAGAAAUGGAGUAAUAAUUGCGGGCAAUUUUUAUAAGAAAACCUUCGGAUGUAUAAAUUGGUGGGAAUUAAGUGAUCUUGCUGGAACAAUUCAUGAAAUUUGAAA